AUGUUCCGCUCAGGCUGGAUUCUAGUUUUAUGUCUUGUGGCUCUUGGAGGGGCCAGCAGUAACGCUGCUCAGGCAGAGGAGAGAAACUGUUCCGUGUCCCCUCCGUAUCAUCCUCCCACGGCUGUUGACACGACUGAGAGACUCCGUCAGUUGAGAGAUGGUAUGAAGCGCUUAAACAUCGGUGCUUACAUCAUCCCCGGGACCGAUGCUCACCUGAGUGAGUACAUCUCCCAAAGGGAUGCCAGAUUGACAUUUAUUUCUGGCUUCACAGGCUCCUCAGGCACAGCAGUGGUUACUCAGAACAAAGCAGCACUGUUUACAGACAGCAGGUAUUGGAUUCAGGCUGAACGCCAAAUGUACUGUAUCUGGGACCUGGAAAAAGAAGUGACUGUUCAGAGCAUCAGUAAGUGGCUGAUUACAGAGGUCCCUGAGGGACAUCAGGUUGGCUUCGAUCCCUUCCUCUUCUCUAUACAGACAUUCAACGCCUACCAAAGCUACCUGGCUCCAGCGAACCUGUCACUGAAGUCCAUCCCCAAUAACAUGGUGGACGAAAUAUGGAAGGAUCGUCCGGCUCUCUCUCAGGAAACCCUCACUCGUCUGCCAGACAGAAUCAUCGGAAGAACCUGGCAGAUGAAGGUGGAUGAUAUACGGCGUCAAAUGAAUGACAAUGCCUACAAACCCACCGCAGUUCUGCUUUCCGCCCUGGAUGAAACUGCAUGGCUGUUUAAUCUGCGUGGUAAUGACAUCCCUUACAACCCAUUCUUCUUCUCCUACACUCUGCUAUCUCUGAACGAGACCUGGCUGUUUGUGCACACUUCCAGAUUAACAGACGAUUUGAGGAGUUAUUUGACUACAUCCUGCACACCUUCCCAAUGUGUGAAGAUAUUUGGGUAUGACACAGUGCGCUCUAAACUGCAGGAGUAUGUCAGCAGAGCAGAUGUGAGGGUGUGGGUGGGCACAGAGUACACCAACCAGGCCUUGUUUGAGCUUAUCACCCCACAGGAGAAGUUACUGACCACGGACUAUUCUCCAGUGCUGACCAGUAAGGCUGUGAAGGACCAGACGGAGGAGCGUGUUCUCAGAGAAGCUCAUGUGAGGGAUGCUGUUGCAGUCAUUCAGUUAAUGGUGUGGCUUGAGAAGAGAGUCCCUGGGGGCACAGAGACUGAAAUUACUGCAGCGAAUUUUGUAGACCAUUGUCGCAGUAAGCAGAAGGACAACAAAGGGCCAAGUUUCGGGACCAUCUCUGCGGGUGGACCCAAUGCUGCCCUCGCUCACUACAGCCCGUCGAAUGAGACAGCGAGGAAGCUGACAGUGGAUGAGAUGUAUCUUGUUGAUUCAGGAGGCCAAUAUCUUGAUGGGACAACUGACAUCACUCGUACAGUGCACUGGGGAAAGCCAACUGCAUUUCAGAAGGAGGCCUACACUCGAGUGCUCAUAGGAAACAUUGAACUUUCCAGAGUCAUCUUUCCUGCAGGGAAAAAAGGUGUAAACAUGGAAAUCCUGGCACGUCGGGCUCUAUGGGAAGUGGGUUUAGACUACGGCCAUGGUACAGGACAUGGAGUGGGAAAUUACUUUGCUGUCCAUGAAUGGCCAGUUGGCUUUCAGAGCAAUAACAUUCCCUUUCAGGCGGGAAUGUUCACUUCUAUUGAGCCUGGAUACUACAAGGCCAAUGAAUUUGGAAUAAGGAUUGAAGAUAUCGCUGUCACUGUUCCAGCUGAAACAAAGUAUGGGAGCGAUCAUUUCUUGACUUUCGACAUAGUGUCUCUUGUUCCAUAUGACAGGAAUUUGAUUGACAUGUCCCUUCUAAGCCCAGAGCAGUUGAACUGGCUGAACAGUCACUAUGAGAAGAUCCGGAGGCUGAUGGGUCCAGAACUUGAGAGACAGGGACUGAAGGAGGAGCAUGACUGGAUGAUGAAACACACAGAGCCAUUUUCUAAUGCAGGAUCGUCUGCAGCUGCCUCCACCGUCACAUUAACACUCAUGGUGCUGCCCACAUUCCUAACUCAACAGUUCCUCUGA